AAAAAACUCUGCGCGGACGAUAUAAAAACAAACCCAACCUUAUCUGGCAGUUCUUCCAACCUAACCUAAGAAGUAGAGCGACAUCUCUAAUUAAAAAAACGCCAUAUUUUUUGUUGUCAACGGCAAGAUGGAGGACGUAUUGGACGAGAUCGUCUCUCACGAAGAUUUAAAAAGAUUUGAAUGUGAAUACAAUGAGCAAUUACUAAAAGGCGUAGUUGAUCACAAAAUUCAGUUUCAAUAUGCGUGGUGUUUGGUUCGCAGCAAGUACUCCACAGAUAUAAGAAAAGGAAUAAUGUUAUUACACGAUUUGUAUGGCAAAAAUGGGGAUAAUGAAAAGAGAGACUGCUUAUAUUAUCUUGCUAUUGGCAAUGCUAGAAUCAAGGAAUAUUCAAAGGCAUUGCAAUAUGUUAGAAGUUUUCUCUUGAUAGAACCUGGAAAUAUCCAAGUACAGCGCUUGGAAGUACUAAUAAAGAAAAAAAUGGACAGAGAGGGUCUGAAAGGUAUGGCAAUUGCAGGAGGAAUCAUUGUGGGUAUGGCAGGGAUCUUAGGCUUCGGUAUUGCAAUGGCGAAAAAAGACAGGAAAAACUAGCAUAUAACCAGCAACGACUUAAAAGAUCUUGUCUUUGUAUUGUUUGGCCAACAAAGCCUUAUUGUAGCUUAAGAGGCUGGAUCCUCAUGUUGAAAUGUAUACGUUUGAUGUCACACACCAUCUUCGAAGCUUGGUUGUUUUUGUUUAAUGAAGGGCAUAUCAAUACUAACAUAAUUCAAUUUUUAUUAGUAUAAUGUGUUGAAUUAGAUUUUGUAUUUAAGGUUUGAAAAUAUUGCAGUGGUCUAGUAUUAAUUUCUAAGAGCGUGUUAUUUGUCUUGUUUAAAUUAUACAUAGUAUUAAUUAUUCAAUUUUAAAAAUCCGUGUUGUAAAAUAUAAAUGCAUUUUACAAGGUCCUUGCAAUGUUUCAAUGUUCGGAAAUUAUAAAAAAAUGUCUUUACCUUGGUGGUCCUCCAAAUGCUGAUGCUAUGUAAAUUAUGCAGAAAUUACAAUUAUGCAUUCUAUACAUUUAGUGUAAUAGUUUUACAUUUAAUUAUUUAUUAUUUACACUGUUUAUUCAAAAUUUCUCACAAUCGUAUCAGCUGUCUUAGUUUGAAAUUUUUUAAUAAGAAAUCUUUGUAGUUUCUAAUAACAUGUAAAUAAGCCGAUAAUUUUUUACAUUCGUUUUUUGAAAUUUGAUGAAAAGUUUCCUAAGGUCAUAACGUUUCUAUAAAACGAUUCAUAAAUGUAAGAAUACAUGAUGAUAAUGUUACUUUUACAAAUGUAAAAUGUUAUUAUUUACAAUAAA